GCCUAAGGUAUUCUUUCUGUACUUUUUUUUAGUACAGACAACUUUGAGAACUUAAUGAAAUCUGUGGGAUUCAUUUCUUCUUCUGGAGAUUUAUUCUCCCCCAGAAAAAGGCACAGAAGCAAAACUUUGUGUAAUGUUAUCAAUGUUCCAAAGUUCCCCUAACAUCCAUUUAUUCACCUCACAUUAAGAACCCCAACCGUUGGAUGGUAUGUAAUGUAGGCCCAGUGAGAAGCUCAUAAAACAACACAUUGGUUCCCUAGCUUUGUUCAUUUAAUUAAUAUCCAUUGAGUAUCUACAAUAUAGUGAUUCCAGCAAUAAUAAUACCUUAUAAAUGAAAUUUGCUUUACAAUUUAAAAGAAAAGGAAGACUUUUCACAUACAUUGUCUCCCUCUUCCCCCAAACCCAGUCAAGUGGGCAUAGAUCACCUAUUUUGCAGAUGAGAAAACAGAAGUAAUGCCAUGAAACAUGAGUGAUCUGGCUCACACAACUCAGUCAAAAAGGAGUGAAACCCAGGAGUAAAAUGUACUCUUUUAACCCUAAGCCUGGCUCUUUCCUUCCAUGUUGAUGCUGACUCCACGGACCGGUAGGUGGUACUAGGACUUGUCCUUAGUAAUCUUACAAUAACCCCACACACCACAACCUCAGCCUCCAGUUCCCAUGGUGGUCACCCUCAUACUCUCAUAUUCCAGGCGAUGAUGCGAUUUUGCCAAUCGAAGAUCCCAGCAGAAGAACUCCCCUGAUGUUUAGGGGGAGUAGCCACUCUCCAUCUCCUUCCCAGAGAGCAUGGUAGCUCACACUUAUUGAGUUCUUAGUACAUGCCAGGCAUUGUUCUAGGCUUUUCACGUGAAUUAACUCAUUAAAUCCUCAGAACAAAACCAUGAGGCAAGUACGAUUAUAAUAUUAUCUCCAUUUUGUGGACACUUAGGAGAGAUUGAGUAAUUUGCUCAGGGUUACACAACUAAUAAUUUUCAGAGCCAAGAUUUGAAUUCUGGGGCCUGUGUUCCUAACCAAACCACCAACUGCCUCUCCUGAGUCCAUCGUUCUUACCUUCUGGGGUCACGUGUACUGGAGAGAGUGCGAUUAAAGCUCUGGACCUUCUCCCUAGGAAAAGGCAGGUAAUUUUGCGUAUUUCGGGGACUUCCGGUACAUCUAAGACCCAGCGUCUGUCGACCUCGGCCUUAGAACCUCUGCUUAUCUCAUACAUCCUGGAGAGAAUUGUCCAGGGACAAAAACAGCAGCGCCGCCAGCGCCGCAGGACUUCGCCUCUGCAAACAUGUGAGGACAGCUGCGCGGCGCUGAGCUGCGUGGUGACGGAGAUGCCCAUUCGCCGGGAAUCAGGAACGGUGAGCUCCCGGGACCGCAAUGCCCUGAGAACGCAGCCGGAUCGCUGAGCCUCCGGAGUUCGGCAGCUGAAUGAAAUACGCAGGGAUCACCAGCUGGACUCAAAUCUUGCGUACCGGCCAGCAUCCUGGAGUCCUAAAACGCGGGGACUGGAGCGCACAGGCUCUCAGAACUCUGGUCCCAGGUGCACUGCAGCGGAGUCGCUGUUCGUGGUGCUGAAACGCUCGGCCCUGGAAGAGCGCGGCCGCCCGCCCGCCCGCCCGCCUGGUACCGCGCCGCGGCCACUGCGGGGAACUGUCCAGUGCUGAACACGGAUGCGGCCGGGCCCGCAGGGCUCAGACCCGAGCCUGCCGCACCCAGCGGAGCUCGGACCCAGGUCCUGCAAGCGCUGACGCAGAGCGCAGGGAGAGCCGGAGCGGCGAGCUCCAAGCCGGGCAUGGACCUGCAGAGACCCGAUUCCUACCAGGGAGGAGCUGGCCCUGACUUCAACGAGCACGUCCUGCAUAAGACCAUCCUGGUGGGCGACAGUGGCGUGGGAAAGACGUCUCUGCUGGUUCAGUUUGAUCAGGGCAAGUUCAUCCCGGGCUCCUUCUCGGCUACUGUGGGCAUCGGAUUCACGGUGAUGCUUCUGGGAGACUCAGGCGUCGGCAAAACGUGUUUCCUGAUCCAGUUCAAAGAUGGGGCCUUCCUGUCCGGAGCCUUCAUAGCCACUGUCGGCAUAGACUUCAGGAACAAGGUGGUGACCGUGGAUGGCAUGAGGGUGAAGCUGCAGAUCUGGGACACCGCUGGGCAGGAACGGUUCCGAAGCGUCACCCAUGCUUAUUACAGAGAUGCUCAGGCCUUGCUUCUGCUGUAUGACAUCACCAACAAGGCUUCUUUUGACAACAUCAGGGCCUGGCUCACUGAGAUUCAUGAGUAUGCCCAGAGGGAUGUGGUGAUCAUGCUGCUAGGCAACAAGGCGGAUAUGAGCAGCGAAAGAGUGAUCCGUUCGGAGGACGGAGAGACCCUGGCCAGGGUAAGUGGCUGUCUGUGGGACAGGGUGAAGGGUGGGGGCAGCCUGAGGCUGGCCCUGAGGACACACUCUCCCGGGCAGGAGUACGGAGUUCCCUUCCUGGAGACCAGCGCCAAGACGGGCAUGAACGUGGAGUUAGCCUUUCUGGCCAUCGCCAAGGAGCUGAAAUACCGGGCGGGGCAGUCAGCGGAUGAGCCCAGCUUCCAGAUCCGAGACUAUGUGGAGUCCCAGAAGAAGCGCUCCAGCUGCUGUUCCUUCGUGUGAAUCCCAAGGGGCAGAGAGGAGGCUCCGGAGGUCCAGGGGAUGCAGCCAUCCCCGCAGGCCUGGCUUAUUCCGAGCGCCUGAGCCAAUUGGGCGAAAGAUGGAGGACCCAGUGCACAGCCCGUUCCUGCCAGGGAGCAGUACUCCAGCUCCUGCUUGAGUUCCUGCGGUCUCCCCAUCCACGGGGAGGGUAAAACACUUAGCUUUUAUUUUAAUAGUACAUAAUUUAGUACCAAAAAAAACCACCUGGAUGCCCAGAAAACCAAGGCUGGGACCUGGUGCCCCUUUUGCUUUCUAGGACUUGUGGGGCUGGGCCUCCCUCCUAGACAUAACAAAGGUGGUGAUGUUACGUCCCCAGCUCCGCCCCAGGGGACACAGAUGCACUUUGGGGGUGAGGGCAGGUGAUGACUCCACCUCACCCUCAGUUCAGCUGGGGAGAGGCUGAGCUGACCGCAGCCUUCACUGGCUCCUGCUCUCCAGGAGCUUAUCUGUGCCCCAUCCCCCAAAUACGUGAGCCUUUGUGCUGUGAGGGAGACCAAAGCCUCAGAGACGUUAAGAGAUACGGGAGAUAGGAGGGGGAAGCCAAAGAGCAGAGACUAGGGUCUGGCUGGCGACCUCUGGCCUUACUAACACCCCCCUGGAGGCGUGCCCCCUUUCUCCAGCACACAAGCACAUUGGGGUACCUGGAAAUACUGGUUCCAGGCUCCUGUUCUCUGGACCUCAGAUCCUGGGGAAGCCCCUCUCCGCUGAACCCCUGGCUUAGCUACCUUUCUGCCUGUGCCCCUAAAAACCUCAGGUCAGAACUAGGAAAAGACUUUCUGCUUUUUAUUUUUUUGAGAUGGAGUCUUGCUCUGUCACCAAGGCUGGGGUGCAGUGGUGCAAUCUCUGCCCACUGCAACCUCUGUCCCCUGGAGCUCAAGCGAUCCUUCCAUCUCAGCCUCCCAAGUAGCUGGGAUUACUGGUGUGCACCACAACGCCUGGCUGAUUUUUGUAUUUUUUGUAGACACAGGGUUUUGCCAUGUUGCUUAGGCUAGUCUUGAACUCCUGAGCUCAAGGGACCUGCCAGCCUAGGGUGGGAUUACAGGCAGGAGCCACCACGCCCAGCCUAGAUGUUUCUUCUUAUCCCAAUCCUUUGGCAGGCAUGCAGCUCCACAGGCGAUUUCUUCAAACAGCCGAAAUGUUUAGCUUUCCUGAGUUAAGAGCCAGAUAAGGAGAAAUCCCUUUCCUAGGUUUGGAAUGUGUUGUGAA